AUGGAGGUCAUCCGAUUGCUGGAGGGCUUUGCGGCGGCACUGGACGGGCGGCUGCAUCUGCAUUUGCGGCGUCCGAGGCGAUGCAUGGCGGCGUGCUACGAGGGCGGUGCCUUCUACACUCCGCACCGGGACAACGAUCUGGAUCCCAGCACAGGGGAGCUCAAAAACCGUCGUGCGCUGACAGCGAUCUUUUACGCGAACGACCCAGACUGGACUAUUGAGCAAGGAGGCGCUUUGCGCUGCCACCCGAAUGUUGGUCCCGCCGCUGGGAGUGCACAGCCGCUCAAGCCAUCGCAGGAAGUACCCAUGCCAGAGGCCGCGGGUGCUGUGGACAUCUUGCCAUCAGGAGGCAGGGUCGUCCUAUUCGACAGUCGCAGAUUGCUGCAUGAGGUGCUUCCUGCGAAGGAUCGGCGAUGGGCGAUCAGCGUCUGGUUUGUCACAGAAGAUGCGUCUGCUGCCUAG